UGAUUCGGCUUGAAAUGGUGUCGUUGAUCAAGGCGAUGUUUACAUCUACGUUUAAUAAUUUUUCCUGGCCAAAGAAAAUAUAAAAAUAUUGCCGGUUUGUGACGAAUCAUUAGAAAAGACUUUCAAGAUGUCGCGGUGUGAUUUAGAUGCCAUUCAGUUGCAACUGAAGACUGCAAUUCAAAGUCACCAGUUUCUGGUGACGAAGAUGAAAUCGGACCCACAGAAUGCUGAUCUUAGAAAACAACUUCAUGAUUUACAGAGAGAAAUCACAGUUUUGAGUGAGAAACAGAAAGUGAUUGUACAAAACCUGAGGAAGGAACUUGUCACAAGACAACAACCCACACCAGCUCCCCCUGUCUCUAAACCUGAAGCUCAGCCAUGUGUGCCUGCAAGAUUACAGCCAAUACAGCCAAAGCCUGCUACUGUACAAGUGAGUCCAGUCGUCGCACCGGUCACCAUGCCAACAAAUAUUGUAAAACGGGAGGAAGCAUGUUCAGUGAAGCUUGAAGAACCAUGUCAAGUCAAGGUUGAGGGAGGCAAUGUCACGCCUAAUCCACCAGCCAAUCAGAGCUCGUUAUCUCCUAGGUCCACCUCACCACCGAUCCGAGUACCUCAGUACCCUCUACACCGACCGUCUAUCCUCCCUCAGGGAAAACCUGUGGGCAGUAAAGGCAUGGGCUUCACCUCGUCACUUUCCCGACGGCCUUCAGACUCUGACCUUCGUGACAUCCGCAAAACUGUAGAGAGGAAACAGAUUUCACCAGAGGAAAAAGAGAAACUGGCCUAUAUGGCAGUAUUAGAAUUGGUGACCCAGGAGACUUUAAAAGAAAUGCAAAGCAGAAAACACGAACGGAAAAGGAGAACAACAGCCAACCCUAUGUAUAACUUUGAACCAGAAAUACAUCGAAGAAGACCAACAUCACUUGUAUUAAACAGUUUACCAGGAAUGAAACGACCACGAGGCCGACCACCCAAACAUGCUAGGUCACCAAGCAACAGCCAUCCUGGAACUCCCGACAGUACUGACAGUGGGGGUGGUUUCAGAAACGGCAUGUUUAAAAAUGGGUUUGAGGACGUACAUGACGACCUGUGUGCAGUGUGUGGACAGUCUGGCCAGCUUCUGUUAUGUGACACCUGUAGUAAAGUGUACCACCUCCAGUGCCUCGACCCGCCCCUGCCCUGUGUCCCUGAUGGACGCUGGAGCUGUCCCAAGUGUCAGGCUACAGGACGGUCAAAUACCUGGACAUCUGAAACACUGGCAAUGGUACAUUCCUUUAUAGCAAAUAAAGCUGCCAAGGAAGAGGAGAGGAAAAAGUUACAUAAGAAGAGUUUGGAGCUAAACAAUGAGGUGGUCUUGCUGGAGUCAAAAACAAAACAGCUCGGUGAGGCUUUAAUGCAACAACGACAGAAACGUGAAGAGCUGAUGGAAACUAAUCGUCACAACCAGCAGUCCGUGGAAAAUUACAAGAACUUCAUCAAAGUUAUACAGAGCUCAUAGCAGAGUCUGCCCUACAGUUUCUCAGUCAAAUUACUCAAUUAAACUGACCAGUGGCUAAAGACUUGGGGUCAAGCUGGCCAAUGGUCAGUAUUAAGCCAGGUUUUCCGUAACCAUUCAACAAUUGCUGUUUGUGAUGAAACUUCAUCGCAGCCAAGACAAAACAGUGACAGACUAUGGGGUCUUGGUGAUUAUAUACAGCUGAAUGGUGAUCAAACUUUGAGAUAAUCUCAAUUUUGACCAUUUUAUUCUUAAUGAAAAGUGACCAUUGGUCUUAGAAUCUGGUGCUUAUUCACAAUCUCGCUGGACGGUCGAAAGACAACUUACCUUGAUGUACGGUUGACCAGAGAACUUGACGUACAGCUCGACCGGGACCUUGAAGUACAGCUCACCCAAUGACCUUGCCCUCUGAAUGGACAUAUUUGGUGCUGACUGUUAACCUUGCUCUGUUAGAGAUUGGAUUCUUGUAGAUGCUAGUCCGUGUGAUGUGACACUGUGAGGUGUAGAUGUUGAAGUUAAAUGUUUCCUGUGUGGAACGCCGACUCGAUUCUACAGAAUCACAUGUUGGGCAACAUUUCCUUUGAAAACUUGUUCAGAAAAUUCUGAUACAUUCUAUUUAUUUAUCGGCAUGAGAGUGUUUGUAUGGUAGAGAAUUAAAUCUCUGAUUUCACACAUCCAUCCACUCAACUAGAGAUUUAAGAGGACAUUUUUCAUGUUUUGGUAGACCUCCAAGCUCGAGUGUGACCUCCAAGCUCGAGUGUGACCUCUAAGCUCGAGAGUGACCUCUAAGCUUGAGAGUGAACUCCAGGCUCGAGAGUGACCUCCAAGCUUGCCUUGCUAAGUGUCUUGUAAAACAGGCUGUGUGUAUGUUGUGGUGUGUGUAAAAGGUAUCUGUGUGAUGCUACAAUGUACAUGUGUACACAUGUAUAUAUUUGUAUAGAGCGAAUAUACAUAUAUGGGCAUUUCAAUGCUGUUAAUUUUGGCACAGAUUGAUCAGAUGUUCGAGGGAACCAGGAAUAUGGUCCCUGAUGCUAGUAUCUUGUCAGGUCCUAUCCAAAAUUGUAUCAUAGAUGAAUGGAUUUGAUUUUAAUCCGAUUGACCGAUUGAGUUUUAAAUACCCAUAAAUAUGCUUAAUGUAAAGUUGAGAACCUGUACAGAACUUGUACUGUAUGUAAAUUACAAACCCAUCAGCAAAUUAGAUCAUGAACCAUUUUCAGACCACAUUUGAUCAAAAUUCAAUACAUAGAGGAUAUCUAUGCGCACUCGUGAAAAAUAUCAAAAUAUUAGCCCCACUCGUGAAAUAUAUUUGGUAUUGCUGAAGACACUGU